GACAAGGUUCACCUUCUCAGACUCUGCAUCUGGACAGCACUUAAAGUAUGUUUUACAGAUUUUUGUUGUACCGGCAGCAACGAAUUAAUGGGGUUUGAGCAUUUUGGGGUUUGACACUCGCAGACACCAGGGUCAUCAUAUGUCGGUUGAACGGUCGUACACGUCAUAUCUGCUCUGGAGAGGUCUUCCAGUUUGAGAUGAGUCUUUGAGAAAGACACAUGGAUGUCUUUGAAGGAAUCCACAAGGUCCAGAUUUCCUCGUCUCCACCUUCUUCAGCUCCAUCCAGCCAGGGGUAUGAAGUCCUCGAGGUGAAGGGAUCUGGAAUAUCAGUAUACUCCGCUGCAGUCUUCUUCGGGACGCCUAAUGUGCUGCAACAGCCUGGGUCAAGACAAAAGGCCAGCAGAAAAGCUGAGGAGGAAGGCUGUGUUGUUGGACGGUUGGUAGAUCUGGAUCCAGAGCCAGAGUCCAGACUGGAGGGAGGAGGCCCGGCCACCUCAAACAGAGACCAUGGCAACCUCUCCCGGCUCCGCAGCUCCUCGCUGGAGAUCAGAGAAAAAGAAAUCCGAGAAAAAGGCUCGGAGAUCCUCAGGGAACAGCUGGAUGCUGCAAAGAGGGAACUGAAACUGAAAGACAAGGAGUGCGAGCGUCUGUCGCAGGUCAGGAAUCAGCUGGAGCAGGAGCUGGAGGAGCUGACGGCCAGUCUGUUCCAGGAAGCUCACAAGAUGGUGAAUGAAGCGAACGUCAAACAAGCAGGAGCAGAAAAACAACUCAAAGAGGCUCAGGGGAAGAUUGAUGUUCUGCAAGCAGAAGUGACCGCUCUGAAGACUCUUGUGUUGACAUCCACGCCUUCUUCACCAAACCGCCAGCUGCAUCCACAGCUGCAGCCUUCAGGAGCGAGGGGAGCGUACAAACAUGUCGGGGGACACACCCGUAACAAGAGCGCGAGCGGUGCCUUUCCAUCCUCGCAUGGAAGCGAAAACCCGUCUUCAGUGUCCAUUCACCCUGUGGCUAAAGAGGACAGAGAGCCUGCUGUUCCUGCUCUCCUCUCUCUGAUUCUCUGCCUCGUUCCUGGACAGUCUUUCAGUAUGACCUGUGACUCUUACUGGCAGGAGCGGGGGCGGGGACUAGACACUGAUAGCAGACAGAUGGACUCGGUUCUGUAUGCAGAGUUUUUAAUGUGGAAGGAGCACCCGAGUUUAGACCACUCCUCCGCCUUCCUGAGUCGCAUCUACAGAGAAGACAUUGGACCGUGUCUCUCCUUCACAAGAUCCGAGCUGUCCCAGCUGGUGCAGAGCGCCGUGGAAAACAACUCCCUGACUAUCGAGCCUGUGGCCAUGUCAGCGCUACCAAUGGUUAAAGCCUCAGCGAUAGAGUGUGGAGGCCCCAAUGGCUUUAGGGCAGCGAUAGAGACGAAAUGUGCAUUAAGUGGCAUGUCGCGGCUCUGCCGACAUCGCAUCAAACUCGGCGACAAGGGGAGCUACUAUUACAUCUCUCCCUCCAGCCGAGCUCGGAUCACAGCAGUUUGCAACUUUUUUACCUACAUCCGCUACAUCCAGCAGGGUCUGGUGAGAAACGAUGUGGAGCAGAUGUUCUGGGAGGUGAUGCGUCUCCGCAGAGAAAUGACUGUGGCCAAAUUAGGUUUCUACCUCACUGACCAAGGCUAGGAGUAGCGUGAUCCCAGGACCUUGAUUAUUCAGAUACAUUCUGAGUUUAACUGUGGUAGCAAAAAGAUCUGCUUAGAUCAGUUUUUGUAGCAGAGGCUGUACAGAGUUGAAACGCCGCAGCACAGGUCAACCAACAAGGGAAGAGGAAAAUGCUCUGGUGCCACUUUUGGAUAUCUCAUGAGAAAAUUUUAAUUGAACCACAGCUAAAUACAUUUUUUUUGGAAAAAAAACAAACAACAAACAAAAAAAACAGUGUUACUUCAAGAAAUGCACACUAUAUUAUUCUGUUUUACUGCAGGGCUUCGUUAUUUCUCUCCACUAGUGCUGGAAGUUGUUUUUCAUCUUGUGAAUCUUACAAUAUUAUAAAAAAAAUUGAGAUGGAUAGUUGGUUUUUACAUUAAUACAGAACAGAUACACAAGCAUCUGUAGCUGCUCUCAGUUCUGGGCUCAAACACCGGAGCCGAGAUGUCUAAGUAUUUCACUUUCACUGAGCUGAUGCACCCUUGCACCACCUGUUUGUUCUAGAGGCCUUGUGUGGACAACUCAAAUGAAACAAGACACAGUUCAUGCCUGUACGUUAUCAGAUAUGUUAUUAUUGAAGUAUUAUUCCACAUUCAAAACAGCGUUACAUGAACAAGCUUUAAUACAUUAUCACGGUAUACACACUACUGCAAUGAACUGUAGUGUGUACAUGACAGCGUAAGCCAUAAAUGACUAUGCAUGAAUGCAGUACUUAACCAUACUAUGCGUAUAUUGUAUUUUAGUUGUAUCUUGCCAUAAAGUGUCAUAAGUAUGAAUCCGUUUUUACAAAAAAAGAAACCGCUUUUUGAAAGUUAAAAUGAAGACUAUUUUAUCAGGAAGUGCAAUAAUCGCCUCAUCAAUGGCUCUGAGGUUCUUAUCCUGGAAAUAACCUGUGUCAUCCAUUCAUUCUGCAUCCAUAUCAACACUCCAUUAAAAACAAGCCUUUAUACCA